UUACUUUGCGCACGCGCUGUGGUGUUCCCGUUCACGGAAGCACCUGCGUUGUUGUCACUAUUUUUCAGUUAGAGGGAAUGCGAUGUGAUGUAAAUGUAUGAGAUACCAAAACGCUUGAAUGAACAGCAUGCUCGGCUAUGUAUGUGUCGCGUUUUUAUCACUGGCAGUGUUGUUCCUUCCUCGCGACUGGUCCAUUAAAUUUGGAAAUGAAUCAACCCAGGGGCACCCUGUACGGCUCCUGAGCAGGCAUGAAUUAUCACUAUACAACGGGGAAGAAGGCAGCAAGGGCCUUUACCUGGCUAUAGUGGGGCAAGUUUUUGAUGUACACAAGGGACACAAGCACUAUGGACCUGAUGGUGCUUAUCAUUUUAUGGCAGGCAAAGAUGCCUCACUGGCCUUCAUCAGUGGGGACUUCACAGAAAGUGGCCAGACAGAUGAUGUGUCCAGUCUGUCCCCACAGCAGGUGGUGGCCCUUUAUGACUGGCUGUCCUUCUAUCAGAGGGAAUACCAAAGUGUAGGUCUGGUAAUAGGCCAGUUCUAUAGCGAGACUGGGCAGCCCACAGAGGCCCUGUUGCACGUAUUAGCAUCACUAGCAGAGGGCCAGCGAAUCAAGGCCCAGUCUGAGAUUGAGAUGGUACGCUUCCCAGCCUGCAACUCACAGUGGAGCACUGCCAAGGGAGGAAGAGUCUGGUGCUCCACUAAGAGUGGUGGAGUGGAAAGAGGCUGGACGGGUGUCCCGCGGAAGCUCUUCUCUCCAGGCUCCAGUGGUGUUCGUUGUGUCUGUGUUAAAGACCCAGCUGCAGCAGAGGAAGACCCAAACCUGCAGAAAUAUGACAGCUGCCCUCCACAUGCUGACUCAUGCUCUGUUGAAGAGUACUAGUCUCAGGGCCAGUCCAGAAGAUUGAACUAUUCAUGGCCUACUUUUUAGCAGCACAAAACUCAGGAAAACAUGGGGACUUUUGCCAGUAAAUCACAGCGAUGAACUUAUGCACAAUAAAGAGGUAGAAUGAAGAAAACUCAA